AUGUCCUCAGACGGAGAAUUCACAAGGACCCAAAUUUUUGGAACUGUUUUCGAAAUAACAAAUAGAUACACAGACCUCAACCCUGUCGGUAUGGGGGCCUUUGGUCUUGUGUGCUCAGCCAUCGACAAAUUGACCGGACAGAACGUUGCCGUCAAAAAGAUCAUGAAACCAUUCCUGACGUCGGUGUUGGCGAAGAGAACAUAUAGGGAAUUGAAGCUUUUGAAACAUCUCAGACACGAGAAUUUGAUCACAUUGGAUGACAUCUUUUUGUCUCCUUUGGAAGAUAUUUACUUCGUUACGGAGCUUCAAGGAACAGACUUACAUAGAUUGCUUACACUGAGACCUCUUGAAAAGCAAUUCAUCCAGUACUUCACGUACCAGAUCUUGAGAGGGUUAAAGUAUGUUCACAGUGCUGGUGUCAUCCAUAGAGACUUGAAGCCAUCCAACAUUUUGAUCAACGAAAACUGUGAUUUGAAAAUUUGCGACUUCGGUUUGGCAAGAAUUCAAGAUCCUCAAAUGACUGGAUAUGUUUCAACCAGAUUCUACAGAGCCCCAGAGAUCAUGUUGACAUGGCAAAAGUACGAUACUGAGGUGGAUUUAUGGUCCGUUGGGUGUAUUUUAAGUGAAAUGAUUGAAGGAACACCUCUUUUCCCAGGUAAAGAUCACGUCCAUCAAUUCUCAAUCAUUACAGAACUUUUGGGUUCUCCACCACCUGACGUUAUCGACACUAUUUGUUCUGAAAACACUUUAAGAUUUGUUCAAUCCUUACCACACAGAGAUCCGAUCCCAUUCAGUGAAAGAUUCGGUCAAUGUACUCACGUAGAGCCUGAGGCCAUUGACUUGUUAGGUAAAAUGCUUAUCUUUGACCCUAAGAAGAGAAUCAGUGCGGCAGAUGCUUUGACUCACCAAUACAUGGAACCUUACCAUGAUCCAACAGAUGAACCUGCUUGUGACGUCAAGUUCGAUUGGAGUUUUAAUGACGCUGACUUGCCGGUAGAUACCUGGAGAGUUAUGAUGUACAGUGAGAUUUUAGAUUUCCACCAAAUUGUUGGAGCUGGACAAUCACAGGAGGAUCAAAUGGCGCAAAUCCAACAAGGAGGAAUUCAAGCACAGCAACAGAAAGUUGAGUAA